AUGCCUAUCCCACUUUAUCCUAAAGCAACUUCUCCGCCGGAGGAUGAGGACGGCAUCCCUUCAGUCCCUCCGCUUGUCCCAUCGGCAGGGUUCGAACAACCAACAGCCCCCACCCCAUCGAUCCUCUCCUCCCUAAACGCCCUCUCCCGCACCCAACUCGACAGGACCGCCUCAAGCCGCACCCCACCCAGCAUGCAAAUCCUCGAAACGCUCCUUGGCCAAAUCCGCCAAGUACGCAUGGGAGCCCUCCCACAACCACCUCCUGCUGCUGCUCCCGCUUCCGACAUCGACAUGCAAUAUGAGCCUUUGCUGAAUACGCUGGCGAAUGCGAGGAGAUCGAUGGAGGCACAGGGGCAGGGGGAUAUGUCUAGGGAGUAUCAGGAGACGCUGCAAGCCAGUGUGCUACGGAGACAGGAAGCGGCGGCACCCUCGAAUCGAAUUCGUCGCGCCGCACGCCUCACCGAUGACCUCCCCGACACGACCUUUGCAGCAGCAGCUGCUGCGACACCGACCUCCUUCCCCGGCGCCGGAGCAUACGAUAGUCCGUCUGAAGAUGAUGAUGAGGACUAUGGUGAUGGUGAUGGUGAGCGUUCACGUGGGCCCCGCCGUCGCGGGCUUAGUGCGACGUUUUCGGAGGUUUAUAGGCAUGAGACGAGGUUGAAUGAUAUGAGACGUCGGGUGGAGGAACUCGCGGAACGGCUACAUGUCGUUCGACAUGCCCGUCGUCUCAGCGCUGCGCCAGCAGCUUUAUCGCCUCCGCGCCCGAGUGCACGGCCGCCAGUGCCAGAACCGGUGCGUCGCGAAGAAAGAGACUUUGAUCAUGGAGCAGGUCGAGUAGGCGGAGGUGACGGAGCUGGCGGGACAGGUGUGACGGGUUCGGGGUUGCAUAGAACUGCUACGCUGGGCGCUGGGGCGGGGAAGAGUGCAAGGAGGGAAAAGGUUAGGCAUGAUCUGAGGAUGGUUGAUGAGGUUUGGGGGAGGGGGUGGGAUGUACGACCGAUGGUGAAUUUAGGUGAGGAUGGGGAGUGUGAGGAGGAGGAAGCUGGCGAGGAGGUGAGGGAUGAGAGGUUUCUUGAGGGUGGUGGGAAAGGGAAGGAAGGGGUGGAGGACAUGAUGAGCGUGAGGGAGGGAUUGGAUGAAUCGCCGCAAGAUACGGCGAUGGAGUGA